GAAAUGAGGAUUAUUUUUGUUUUUAUUUUGUUUUUUGUUGUAUUUGCUGAGGAUGCCUCUACUAAAGAAGAUUUACUUCCUCGUGGUGUUCAUCCACAACUUUCUUCAUUCUAUUCUAGCGGAGAAACAUUUGCUUGUCUUGAUGGAAAUAAAGUUACACCAUUUAAUCAAGUAAACGAUGAUUAUUGUGAUUGUGCUGAUGGAUCUGAUGAACCAGGUUUUAUUGAAUUAGGGACAACUUUGGGUUUUACUCAUUACCGCUGUCAACGAAGAUUUCGGGAAUUUUGGAGGAUAUUAAGAACUGCCGCCUGUCGAAAUGGCAAAUUUUAUUGUAAAAAUUAUGGAUACAAACCUUCAUUAAUUCCUUCAAGCCGUGUGAAUGAUUAUAUUUGUGAUUGUUGUGAUGGAAGUGAUGAAUGGGAUUCAGGAACUGAAUGUCCAAAUGUUUGUGAAGCUCUUGGUUCUGAAGCACGUUCUGAGGCAAAGCAGCGACGUGCAACAUAUGAAGCUGGUUGGCGAAAAAGAGAGGAAUUGGCUGUUGAAGGGAAGAAAAUGAUGGAAGAAAAGACAAAAGAAUUAGAAAAACAAAAAGUCGAUUUAUCUUCUUUGGAGGAACAAAAACUUGAAUUGGAAGAAGCAAAAAAUGUUGCAGAAAGAUUGGAAAGUGAUGCGAAACGAGAAGUUGAUGGACAAUUUGAAGAAGAAAAGAAUCGAAAAUUAACUGAAAAAGCUCAAAAUUUAUUAAAAGAAAUUGAUAAUGAUGGAAAUGGAAAAAUAUCAAAUGAAGAAUUGAGAUUAUAUUGUGGAUUAGGACAACAACAAUUAUUGCCACCAGAAAAUGAAUUAAAAGAAGAAUCUGAAAAUGUCGGAGAUAAUUUCGAAUUAGAAGAAAUGUUUAAAGGAAUUUUUGGGGAAGGAAGUGAAAAUAUUGAUUUGGAAAUGAUUAAAAUUAAAUUUAAAAAUAUCAAUGAUUUUCUAACAAAAUGUAAAGAAAAGAAACAGAAAGAAGAAAAUGAAGAGGGGGUAAAAGAAGGUGGAGAGAAGGAAGAAGGAGAAGAAAAAGAACAGCCUAAAUAUGAUGAAGAAACACAAAAAUUAAUUGAAAAUGCUAAUAAUGCUAGAAAAGAAUUUGGAGAAAUUGAAAGUCAAAUUAGUCAACUUCAAGAUGACAUUAAGUUAAAUUCGGACCAAUUUUUAAAUCAAGAAUAUGGAACUGAUUAUGCAUGGGCUCCACUUAAAGGUCAUUGUGCAGAAUUGACAACUACUCAAUAUACAUAUAAAAUUUGUCUUUUUGACCGAACUGUACAAAAAGAUAGAAAUGGCCAUAAUGAAGUAGAUCUUGGUCAUUGGGGUAAUUGGGCAGGUCCAGAAACAAAUAAAUUUUCUUUACAAAAAUAUGAACAUGGCCAAAGUUGUUGGAAUGGCCCUGAACGUUCAACACUUGUAGAACUUGUUUGUGGGUCAGAAUUGGAAUUAGUAGAGGCUAGCGAACCCGCCAAAUGUGAAUAUAAGUUUUUGGUACGUGUACCAGCUGCAUGUCAAGAUCCAAAAGAAAUUGAUGUUGGAGGAGAAGCACAUUUUGAACUUUAA